AUGUUCGGUAACGAGCAUUUGGAAGAUCCCAGGAACGCAAAAGAAGAGCCCGGAGUACAAACAAACUUGUCGAAAGAGAAAUCGCCUUUUGUGUCGAUUUUUACCAUUGAAAGCAUACUAGGACUUAAUUCUCAAAUGUCGAAAAAUUCUAUACAUGAUAAAGUACUUUCAUCGUUGGAUACUAGACAAAUAUCGCAGGUGUUCCCUCACGAUGCAAUAAAAAAUAGUCCAACCAACUAUUUUCACUAUUCUGGAAUCAAUCCCCUACAUCAGCACACUCCCUCAGAAAUACCCCUUCUAUCAUCAAAUUUACUAGGAAUCACAUAUCCCUCGUCAUGCCACAGCUAUAUCCAGCAUGAUUUAUUCUCCGCGCAGCUUUCACCCGUCGGACUAGUAUCAUGUGAUGGUAGUUUUCGUCCACGAUAUCCCUUUCUCAACUCUGAUAGCCAUAUUAAGCGGAAAAGGAGACAUCGCACAAUUUUUACCGAAGAACAACUUGAGCAACUGGAAGCAACCUUCGAUAAGACCCAUUAUCCAGACGUACUACUGCGGGAAAAAUUAGCCGUGAAGGUGGAAUUAAAGGAAGAGCGCGUUGAGGUUUGGUUCAAGAACCGACGAGCCAAGUGGCGAAAACAAAAAAGAGAAGAACAGGAGCAGUUCUCCAAUUUCGAGAUCAACAACAAAAUUCGCAAGUUCAUCAACAUCCCGGUGAACACGCAUGAAAAACUUCGCCAAUUGCAAUCCGAAAUGCUUUCGAAGGAGAAGAUAGUGAACAAGUUUGAGGACAUAAGUACCAGUGAUGAUGCGUCCGAUGUGGAAGUAGUAUGAUGAGCUAACGAUAACAGAAGCCGGAAAACGUUUGCUUGUUGCAAGGAUGGCGUAUAAUUUUUUAAUGCCAUAUUGUACAUAACUUUUGCAUAGUUUAUAUAGUCUUCUCGUCUGUGUAACUGC